AUGAAAUUUAACAACAAUUCAAAAAGACAACCAUACCGUAAUAUACCAUAUUCACAUACGAAUUGAACGACUUAUCUUACCACAUUUGUAAAUUCUAUCAGAUUAUAAUGAAUAUUACUGAACAUACUGAAGAUGUAUUAAAUCCUUUUAUUUUAAAUUUAUUUAUAAUCAAUAAAAGUUCAACAUGUACUCAAAUGGAAUCAUUACCAGUUUCCGGUUUGUUCAGUUUUUAUCGUGCUAUAGGUUUAUUAUUAGGUCCAUUAAAUACUAUAUUAAAUGGUUUAUGCGUUCAUAUAUUUAAUCAUCAUUUAUGGAAAAAAUCAAUAAUGAGUAGAAUAUUAAAAGGAUUAUCUAUUAUUGAACUUGGUAUGGGAUUAAGUUUAUUUAUUCAUGCAUUAAUAUUUUCACAAAAUUCCACAUCAUCUUAUUCUAAUCAAAAUUUAUUCAAUAUAAAUAAUACAACUAAUAGUAUAUAUCCUAAUUAUGAUAUACAUAUAAAUCAUUUAAAUCAAUUUCAACAUGAUUCUAUUCAUACAAAUGCUUAUAUUAAAACAAUAUGCUCAUUUUUUAUUACAACUAUAUCUAGUAGAUUUUUAGUAGCAUUUCAAAUAUCACGUAAUUGGUCUGUUGUAUUAUUGGCAGCAUAUCGUUAUGAUCAAAUAUGUCGACCUAUUGGUACAUCUAGUGCAUUUCCACGUGAACGUAUACGUUAUAUAUUAAUCAUUAUAUUUUUUUUAGCUUGUUUAAUUGUUAUACCAAGAAUAUUUGAAAGUGGUAUAGUUGUAUGUUAUAUAUCAGGAAAUGUAUCUAAAGAUUAUCCUUUAUUAAUUAAUUAUAAAUUAUAUCAAAUUUUAUAUUUAGGUUUAGUUAUGUUUAUUGUACAAUCUGGUGGUCCAGUUAUAUGUGUAUGUGUAUUAAGUGCAUUUGUUAUAAGAAUUAUAGCAAAACGUCGAAAAUUUCAUCGAGAAAAAGAGCAACGUUCAGCUAGAAAUUUAUUAAGACGUCAAACAAUGGAAAUAGAAAAUAAUCAAUCAAAUUUAAAAAACAACACUAACAAUAAUAAUACUAAUUUUUUACAACGUAAUUCAAAUGGUUUAACAAAAGAAUUAACUGAAAGACCAGCUCCAUCAGGUGAUAAAUUAAUGUUUGCUGUUUGUAUAACAUUUUUUAUUUUAGAAACUCCAGCAUUUUUCAGUAAAAUAUUAAAUCCUUAUUUGGAACAAGAUUAUCCAUUAAUUGAUUUAACAUUAUCAGUUAUUGCAAAUUUAUUAAUUUAUUUAGAUUCUACAUUGAAUGCAUUCAUUUAUAUGGCAUCUAAUCCUUUAUUUCGUAAAAUUGCUCGAAAUGAAUGUAUACAAUAUCGUAAUCGUUUAAUUUGUUGUCAAACAUCAAAAUCUACUCAUCAACUAACUAGAAUAAGUCGUAUUUUAGACACUGAACCAAAUACUAUCUCAAUAAACUCAUGA